AUGACCUCAGAGCUCAUUCUGGCUAAAGAAACGGAUCUAUCAUUCUGGCAUGCCCUGGACGAUAUCGUUUUUUCAGAGCAUGCAUUUUACUCCCCGCGCAUCUUAUCUCUUCCGCUGCAGACCACCAUCAUUAGGCGUCAUUUGACCUCUGGCAUUCAGCGUUUCUUGCCUGAUGCGGUUGAUCAACUCAGGAAUACUCUGGAUCGAGAAUGGAAGUCCGGAACAACGAAAGAGUGGGCUUCCGUCAAUCUCUUUGGCUCCUUACUCAACGUGGUUAACAAUAUGGUGAGCGUUGUAUUUGUUGGCAAUGAACUGGCCAGCGAUGAAGAGUUUCAGACUAGUAUCAACAAGCAUACAGAACAGGUAUUCCUCACAAUGUCUGUACUCAAGUUUGUGCCUCGGAAGCUGAAGAGCUUGCUUUGUCCAAUCAUCCGUCGAUCUCAAGACAAGUACAGGAAGGAAGUUGAGAAAAAGCUCUUGCCCAUAAUCACUGAGCGUCUGAAUGAUUUAAAAGAGCUGAAGGGGGAAGAUUCGAAGACUCAAGAUAAACCAGAUGAUCUACUACGGUGGCUUAUCGACUGCCAAGCAUCUUUGAAAGACCCUGCCGAGCGGGCGGUUGAGCUUGAACCGAGCCUGAUAGUUACCCGGGUCUUGAUGUCCUACUUCGUCUCGGUUUUUCUUGUGAAUGUGGCACUCUUCAAUGCUGUAUCAAUAAUGGGACGGCUCCCUGAAGCCGACUAUUGGUCGACGAUACGUGAUGAGGCCCACGGCAUACUCGAUGAUGAUCAGGAUGGAUGGACCAAAGCAAAGGUGGAUAAUCUCUGGAAAACGGAAAGCUUUGUGAAAGAGACCAUGCGUUUCGUGGGGGACGCCUGCUUUGAAAUGCGACGAAAGGUCAUGGUUCCCACUGGCAUCAACCUUUCAGAUGGCACCCAUUUACCGUUCGGCACUACGGUAGGGCUUCCUUCCAACGCCAUACACAACGAUGAUCGCUUUUAUCCGCAAGCUAGCUCGUUCGACGGCUUGCGUUUUCUGAAGCUCCGAGAGAUUGAUGAUCCCAAUGCAGCUCGAGGAUCAUUGUUGACAGCCACUAGCAACACGUUCCUCCAAUUUGGACAUGGCAAGCAUGGAUGUCCUGGAAGAUUCCUUGCGGCCGAUAUCCUCAAGCUUAUACUUGCCGAGAUGGCUCUACGGUAUGAGAUAAAAUGGGAUGUGAAGCCGGAAGAAAACAGUUGGUUUGGCAAUUCCCUCAUGCCGUGCACAAACACGGUUGUAUCUGUCUCCCGAAGAGACCUUUCAUGA